AUGACAGAUGGCGAUAUGUUGAAUAUACAAAUUUUCAUUCCUGAACAUCAAAUUCAGAGAUGCUUGCCUGUGCAUCUGGAUGAAAAGGUCUGGGAAAUCAAAGAAAGGCUUAUUCAGUCACUGCAAAAUAAAUUGCCACAAUCAUUCAAUUAUGGCUUAUUUUUGCCACCUUGCGAUGGACGUGCAGGCAAGUUUCUCUUAGAAGAUCGUCCAGUACGAGAAUAUCCCUUCCAUGAUUGUGUCCCAUAUCUCGAGCUCAAAUACAAGAAGCGGGUCUACAGAAUGUUGAAUAUGGACGAAAAGCAAUUAGAAAAACUGCACACAAAGUCCAAUCUAAAAAAAUUUCUCAAUCAUAUUGCUCUCGGGCAGCUAAAGAAAGUAGAAGAAAUGUGUUCUGCUGGAUUUGAUCCUAAUUUCCAUGAUAAUGAAGGAAAAACACCGCUAACGAUGGUAUGCUCAUUACCACACAGCGAAAAUUUUAUUAAAGCGCUUGUAGAACAUGGAGCACAUCUGGACUUCCGUAACAGUGAUGGACAAACGGCUAUGCAUAAAGCAGCGUAUUGGUCAUUAACCGAAAAUGUAAACUGCUUACUGGAACUUGGAGCAUCACCAAAUUACCGUGAUCCACUUGGUCUCACUCCACUGUAUUAUAAUAUGCUUCACAGUACUUCAAAAGCUUCAAUAGCUCAAAUGUUGCUGUAUAAUUAUUCUGAUAUAUCUGUAACUGAUUUGGAUGGCAAUCAUGAAAUACAUCAGGCUUGUAAAAAUGGUCUAACACAACAUGUAGAUUAUUUAAUAUAUUACGGAGGUGAAAUGGAUGCUCAAAAUAUCAACGGGAAUACUCCACUUCAUGUUUGCGCCAUUCAUAAUAGACCUGAUUGUGCACGUUUAUUGUUAUUCCGUGGUGCUAAUCCCACACUUAUGAAUAAACAAGGUCAAUUAGCAUUAGAUAUAGCUCAAAUUCUUGGUUCUCAUGAAACUGCUGAAGUAAUUCUAAACCACGAUCCACAAACUACUGUACCUUACAAUGUUAAGCCAACUUUCAACCCGAGAAGAAGAUCUUCAGCAUUGUUUGGUCGACGGUCUUCAAGCCAAGCAUCGUUAUGUAGCAGUGAAUAUCGAGCUGUGGUUCCAUCUAGUCCGACACCAAGUCAUAUGUCAAUUUGUAGCUACAAAACUUGUCCAGGUGACGUGGGCGAUGGAUAUGGCACGAUGAGACGAUAUCCUGCAUAUCAAUUAAUGAAUGUCAAUGGACUUGAGGUUAACAAACCACGUACUGUUGUAAUUCCUCGUGAUUCAAAGGGCGGAUUUGGAUUUGUUUUACGUGGUGCUACAAAGGUUGGUAAUUUUACACCAACUUUGUUGAAUCCAGCCUUGCAAAAGUUUGAGGGGAUCGAUCUACAAGGAAUGGCAAUGAAAGCUGGCUUAAAACCAGGCGAUUUCUUGCUUCAAGUUAAUGAUGUUGAUGUACGGCAAGCACCACAUGAUCAAGUACACAAGUUGAUACAAUCAUCAGGAAGUACUGUUACAUUAAAGGUGGUUACUGUCGAUCGUAGUUCAUUCAACUUUCGAGUUGCUCAAACAAUGCCAGGAAAUAUGGCCCGUGCAGGUAGCUGAUA